AUGAUUCGUUGGAAAUCGUUGAGAAGUACUUUACUGUUUUGCGGAAUAUGUUUAGUUCUUCUCCUGUUGAACAAGAGCCUAGUAGAAGUGUAUGACAUUAGUAGACUCAAAAAGACUGUGAACAAGGCCAGAUGUAUUGCGAACAAUGGGAAGGAGAUGAAUUGUAUGUAUGACGGAAACGAGUACUACUUUCCUUUCUCGUUCAUCAAAAAACAGUACGAUGUGUCCGGUAAACUGUCAAAAGAUGGGUCUCGUUUCGAACUGUUCACGUCGUAUUCGAAGAUUCGUGUUCCGGAUGGUGAUUUCUACGAUCCGGUCGGAUUGUUUGGUCAUUUCGCCACGUACAGCGUGGAGACAAGGGAGCGAGUCCGUUGCAUUAGUGCCCAAACUGGUGUUCCUAUGUCUACUCAGUGGAGUUCGAUACCUUAUUACUAUCCAAUUCAGAUUGCUCAGUAUGGUUUACAGCACUACAGCAGAAUGAUUGCCAAUAAAUCCUAUGAUGAAGAGAUUGUAAAGGGAUUGGAAAGUGCGGAGUGGAAAGGAUCGGCAGGCAUGCACGAAACUAGCGAGCGGAUUUUUUAUAGUGAUGGUGAAAGAGGCAACAUCGUAAAUAUAACAACAGCAGGUGAUCUAUCCAAUGCUGGCUGUUAUGUUUUCCUUGACGCUUCACCACGACUGCAUGUUCUGUCGUUCGAUUGGCUGCCCAUCAGAAACGCCUCAUUCACUAUUCUCGUUCGGCUUCUUGAAUCCGACACAUUGGUACUGCUCAACUAUGUCAUUGUAGAUGAUCCUCGUUGUGUGUGGAGUGAUUUUGUGUCAUUCGCAGGUACUGAAGAGGUUUGUCUAUCGUUCUCUUUUUCACUUGGGCAACUUCCAAGACAGUGGCAUUCAGUCACCCGAGAUGUGUUGGUGGAUGUUUCGCGAGGACUGUCGAGUAUGAACACAAAUAAAAAGAAAGAUGGAAAUGUGGUUAUACAUCCAGGAGAUAUAAAACUUGUGUCUUUGGGUUUCCGCGGCAUCACAUCAGUCCGACAACGAAUUCGCCAAGCUCAGAAUGCCCACCGAAAAUUUUUUUUGACGGCGGCGGAAUGGUUAUGCUCUAAUCAAAACAAACAGGGUGGUUGGGCUGUUCCUGUAGAACGAGCCAUAGCAGACCGUCGUCUUACACUAAAUGCAGGCUGGCACUCAGCAAUGGCUCAGGGUCACGCUCUUUCUCUGCUAACUCGUGCUUUUGCUACGACUCGCAAUGUCACCUACCUCACUGUUGCCACCGAAGCACUAAAACUCUUUGAAAAGGAUGCUGGUAAUGGUGGUGUACGAAGCAUGCUAUUUGAUCAUGUUUGGUUCGAAGAAUACCCUACAACACCUGGAAGUUUUGUUCUCAAUGGUUUUAUGUAUUCAUUAAUUGGUCUGUAUGAUUUUAAGACUAUGUAUAAUAUUCCAGUUCCGUCACUUCGUGCUCUAAUACCUCUUUAUGACACUGGUAGUGGAUCUUUGUACGAUCUUCGACAUGUAGGAUUACAUACCGCACCGAAUCUCGCCAGAUGGGACUACCAUGCAGUUCAUGUGUACCUGCUCAAAUGGUUAGUUCAGAUCAGCGGUGAUAAGAUUCUUAAUGAUACUGCUAAUAGAUGGAUAGAGUACUCCUGGGGUAAGAAAGCAAAGCAUAAUUGA